UAUUACUGUGGUGUAGUUCAACUGUGCUCAUUCCGUGGUAGUACUUUCUUGAAUUAUCUGUGCUUGGUAGUUAUGUAUGGUACGUAUUUAUUUACAGGAGGUUGACCUGAGAGAAAUAUGGAUUUAGUAUUGCAGAAUUAAAAUUGUUGUGAUACUUAUGACUAUGAGUAAUUAUAUUAUUGCAUAACACCAAGCAUUAAGUACAGAAAUACCGUGCAGCCUGCAACAUGAAUCCGACUAUACAUCUAGCAUUAAGGUCUCAGAACAGAAGACAGCUGAAUAUUACUUUAGGUAUUAUUAAACAAUACUCUUCAGCCAAAGGCCAGGAAGUAAUUAUACCAAAAAAAAUCCAUAGAGGCCCAACAGAUAUACUGAAGGCAUUGGCCAGCACAGUUCAGCCUGAUCUGACAGCCGCACAUUAUAAAUAUCACGAUGAUCCUUAUUUAAUACCCGUGUCUAAUGUUCAGAAGAGGUCAUUUGCCUUGUCAAAAGAAUCUGGACGGAAAGCAGCUCAGUGGAUCCGAGCACAGAACUCAGAACUUUUUCAGCACAAAGUUUCAUAUCCUCCAGUACAGGUAUUUUAUCCACGACCUGUGUAUGAUGAGAACAGUGAGGUAGAUGAAGAGGUUCUGAAGAAAGUUAUCGAUGAUGUGUUGGUAUCAGAUGCUAUUGCAGUUUACCAGUUAUUACAGAAUAAAGGACAGAGUAUAUCUGAGUCAACAAAGCAGUCAUUUCUAGAGUUAUUGUGUUUCUAUAACUGUGAAGAUACACUGCCAGAAGACUUAAUUGAAGAGCGUUGGUUCAGACAUGGUGGCUCGCAUAAAGAUAAACAGCGGAAGACUUGGAAGGAUAAUGGCUUGGCUGAGAAUGUGUUCCGUUCAUUGGACCAUCCAGGGUCACCUGCAUACUGCACAUUGCUGCAGGGAAUGACACGUUUCUUCCAAGUUGAUCGAGCAUGGCGGUUGUACCAAGAAACGCAAGCAAGAGGAAUUUUGCUAACCAGGGAUGCAUUUAAUUCACUCAUUCGUGUUGCCUGCUACUUACAUGAGGGAAAUGAGCACAGAUGGCAACUCAUUCAGGAACUGUUGACUGCCAUGUCAAAACAAAAUAUAACACCAGAUACUGAAACACUGAAUGCUGUGUUGGAAGCAGUUAGUAGCAUGGGGCCGCAGAAAAAUGUGAAGACUUACGCACUCAGAGCAUUAUCUGAGUUCAAACAUGUUGGUGUGCAGCCAUCAUUAGCAAGUUUUUACUUCGUGCUUAUUACAUUUUGCAAAGAGAGAGGACCUGUUAGUUCGAUCUUGGUAGACAUAAUGGAUGCAAUUGAAGGUCAGACAUUCAACAUACAGAAUCCCAAGGACACAUUCUUCUUUGUAACGGCUAUGGAUAUAUGCAGGAACCACCUCCAGGAUAUUAAUUUGGCACAUCGUGUCGACAAGUUACUCCACGUGGGUAACAACUAUGAUCUUAUUGGUGAUUCAUUCAAAGAGUCCAUCUACUAUCGUCAUUAUUUUGUGCUUCUCUGCAAUAUGGAACCACUUGAAGUAUUCAUGGAAUACUACAAUAAGCUUGUCCCACACAUUUACAUCCCAGAACCAGCAGUAAUGGAGGAGGUAAUAAAAACUGUUGAUAUGAAUGGAGCUGCUGAGUAUUUCCCAAAGCUUUGGUCAGAUAUGGUCAUUUUUGACCACACGGAACGAGCAAAUAAUGUUGGUGCCCUUUUGGGUGGGAUGGUGAGGAAUGAACCUCAGCCAUCAAGUGACCUCUCAGAUAAGUUUACACAAAUUGCAUGGAAUGCCUGGGAAAAGCUGGAAGUCAAUGCAAAUGAAGAGAAGUACAGACAAUUCAGAUGGACUGGCCAGAUGCUUGGAGAUAUAAUGCUGUUGUCUUUGCGUGGCGGAAAAUUCAGUCAGGCACUUGACGUUCUCAACAAGUUGGAGAAAGACCAAAAUAGCAUAGUUGGUGUUCCCAGCAUUGAAGCUCUGCAACUUUUCACGGAUGUGUGCAUAUCUCAAAAUAAAGCAGACGAAGCAAUUAAAUGCAUCCGGUACACUGCAGAUGCUGGAUUUUCAGAAACUGGGAUGCUUGCUCAGCAGCUGAGUGGUAGUAUUGAGUUAAAUACAGAACAAUUGACAAGACUCACCAGCAUAGUGGGACAAGACGUAAUACAAUCCCCCAAUAUCACAUCAGUGGCAGAGAGUGAAAAUAAUAAUCAAUAGUAAUUCAAUUAUUGGGCGUGGUUCACGUCUUAAUUUAGUGCAGCAAUCAUUUUACAAUUUAAAGACAACUGCAAGCAUUGUGCAAUAUAAUUCUAUGCAGAGACCUGUUAGAUUAACAAAUCAAUGGAGCAGAUUAUCAGCUGCUCAAGAAAUUCUCUGCCUUUUAUGGCACUCAAAGGUCCAUUUCCAUGUUCACAAGGGCCCACCAUUGGUCUGUCCUAAGACAUGAAUCCAGUCUCCAUCCUCACACCCUGUUACUUUAAGAUCCAUGUUAAUAUUAUCCUCUCAUCUACACUUAGGUCUUCAGAUCUAUUAGAUCUGUUGUAAAAAAUCUGCAUUUAGUACCAGGAUGAAUUAAUUUUAUUUUCUGUCAACCAUCAACAUUAUGGUCAGAAAUAUAUAUGUUUGUUUCUGAAGAUUUUGUGACAAUUUCUGCAUUAGUAAAUAUUUGAAAUUACCAAUAAAAUGGUUUAGGUUCUUCUGAGGUAAGAACAAUUGGGAAAAAAGAACAUUUAUGGUAAGUGGAUUCAGAAGGUUAAGUUAGACGAGAGUGGAAAUUGCAACCCACAUUAGUGGGUGAAGAUUUAUAUACUCUGUGCAACAAAAAUCAAGAACCUAAAAUGUUUCCUGUGAUUUCUGUUCAUUGGCAUUUUGAUUUAAAAGUUCUUUGUUCAAAUAGUGAUGAUGCGCUUUUUUCCGAAAACAAACAAUAACUGAAUGCAUCAGAAUCAAAAUAAAACUCGUCAGUAUUUCUUAUAAAAUGGAAUACCAUUCUUUAAGUGCAGACCCAAGUACUUGUCUGAUAACAAUAUCAUUUCACAGAUUAUUUGUGACUUGUACCAUUUUUAUAACUACAGUAGUAUUCUGUUGGUAGAGUCUUGAACUAAUGUUAACUGGAAACCACAAAAACUGCUUCUCCGACAAAUACCACCAGUGCAAGAGAUUUGUUUUUAUUUUUGACAGCUCUAGGUAAUAGAUAUUUGAAAUAAAUAACCUAAAAAUUA